CGGAGGCCUGUCCGCAAGGAGCGUCUCUGCAUGAGAGCAGAAGGAUCCUCUCUCCCUUAUCUCGGAAGCCGCGUGUGAGCGCCGGCGUGACCUUUGCUGCGUAAAUGAGUAUGGAAGAUUAUGACUUCCUCUUCAAAAUUGUUUUAAUUGGCAACGCCGGUGUGGGGAAGACCUGCUUAGUCCGCCGCUUCACUCAGGGGCUUUUCCCACCAGGUCAAGGAGCCACGAUUGGGGUUGACUUUAUGAUUAAAACUGUGGAGAUCAAUGGUGAAAAAGUAAAGCUGCAGAUCUGGGACACGGCAGGACAAGAGCGAUUCCGGUCCAUAACGCAGAGUUACUAUCGCAGUGCUAACGCGCUAAUACUGACCUACGACAUAACCUGCGAAGAGUCCUUCCGAUGUCUUCCCGAGUGGCUGAGAGAAAUAGAGCAGUACGCCAGCAACAAGGUCAUAACUGUGCUAGUCGGUAAUAAGAUUGAUUUAGCUGAUAAGAGGGAAGUCUCCCAACAAAGAGCUGCAGAGUUUUCCGAAGCGCAAGACAUGUACUAUCUGGAAACCUCUGCAAAGGAAUCAGAUAAUGUGGAAAAACUGUUCCUGGACUUAGCUUGUCGAUUGAUCAGUGAGGCGCGACAGAACACCCUUGUGAACAAUGUGGCAUCCCCAUUACCAGGAGAGGGGAAAAGUAUCAGCUAUUUGACUUGCUGUAAUUUUAAUUAAAGAGCUGGCAUGUGAUUCCCUGUCCCCCAUGGAUCAAGAAGACUUUUUGCUGGGAUUCAUCUCCUUGAAGGGAAUUCCUGCCACUUCACUUCAAUUCCUGACUUACCCCUGAGUCAGGUUGCAGAUCUAGAAGCAUGGCAGGCUGGUGGCUCCAGCUGCAUGGUAACAUAGCAGAAUAUAACAUGGUUUAAUUUUAAGUUUUUUUUACAGUCUCUGGAGGUGGUUAGGAAAACAAGGGUUGCACAAGGUGCUUCGUGUAAUGCAGAACAUGAGCUGUUGUAUUUCCUUCUGUAGGAGACUAGAACAGCCUCUUUCAAAGAAGACACUGAAGAGUUCAAAAUCUCUCUUGCAGAACAAUGUGUUUGAUCCUUUUUAAAAAAAGAAAGAAAGAAAAAAUAUGAACGCUGACCCUGGACUAUACUGGCAAUCUUCUGGGCUGCCAGCCAAUGGAUUCUUAGGACAUGUAAAUAGAGUCUGUCCACACGUCUUCACGGAGGACUCUGGUGUUUGCAAUAGUGUUAUGUCUCUCAUCUACAGGCACUUUCAUGAACAUGAAAUUAAAAAGAAAAGUUAUAUAUAUCAGCAUUUCCAAGCAACGGUCUGAGAAGAGAUAUGGAUACAGUUCCAUUGCUCCCUUUGGUGCUAGCAGUUCAGCAAAUAUUCUGUAGACCAAACGUAGUCUUACUACAUUACUGUCCUCUGAAUGUGUAGCUUAGAAUAAUUAGGAAAAAGAACACUAAUAAGCACUGUUCAUUUAAAUAAAAGAUGUCAUUACCUC